GGGAAGUGUAAGUAGCGAUCCGGGACUGCAGCUGUGUUGGAAAAAGUUGGACUGAUUGGCAAUAUGCAAUUAAUUGGGUUAGCCGAACCGCCUGCUGUGCGUUGACCUUGGGAGGGUGGGCACUAGGGAGCCUGCAGCGAUUGUGUAGGCUAGUUUGAACUUCCCCCUCCCACCGGCUUAUCCAAUCCACAUGCAGCUUUAUCGGAACUAGACGUUCUGUGACAAUACAGGCAGUACACAAGCACUGUAGGGAAAACAACAUGCAGGCGUCCUAGUUCCCAAUCUCCCUUACGAAGUCUGUGGAUUGGCGGCAGGGGGCUCGGCAAUCCAAUGAUUGCUUUCAUCAUUUUGUCAGGUGACAGGGCAUCAUGAGGCCUGGGUCCACUCCUGCCUCACGCAGGAAAUCCCGCCCCCCCAGGAGAGUGUCACCACCUUUGCCAACAACAUCCACCAGAAGUCCCGGGAGACCAAGUGCACCAGAACAAAGGAAAGCACCCAGAGCAACCCCCAAGAAGAGAUUCCGCCCAGGCACAAGAGCUCUUAUGGAGAUUCGCAAAUACCAGAAAUCCACUGAGCUGCUCAUCAGAAAGGCUCCAUUCUCCAGACUGGUCAGAGAAGUUUGUAUGACAUAUGCUUGUGGCCUGAAUUACAGCUGGCAGUCUAUGGCACUUAUGGCUUUGCAAGAAGCCUCAGAAGCAUUCCUUGUUCGCUUGUUUGAAGACUCUUACCUCUGCAGUUUACAUGCCAAACGUGUGACACUGUAUGUGCAGGACAUCCAGUUAGCCAGGAGGAUUCGUGGAGUUACUGAGGGGUUGGGGUAAUUGCAACCACUCUUUGGGAAUUUUUAGGGGGAUAUUCAAAGGUUUUUGUACAAUAUGACAUGAAUUUCUACAAAGUAAGCAUAUGCAUACUGAUAAUUAUGCAUAGUGUAUAACAAACUUAUUAAAAGGACUAGCAGUGUAUUGAGUCUGCAAUAUUCCGUCACUCUUAGCAAGUCAGAGUGCCUGAAUUUUGUAUAAUACACACUGUGUAAAGCCUUACGAGAUCUGAUCAAGAAUUUAAAUGUAAAAUACUAGACUUUUUUUUCUGUCCCCACUUUAUUUAUAUAACUAAAGCUGCCAAUUAAUACCAUAUUAGCGCAUUAAAGAGAAAAUAUAGUCAACAUAGUAACUGCUUUCCUUCUGUAGUAUGUGUACCAGACAUUCAUUCCCUGUACACUUUUAUUAUGCACACAGACACACAUCAUAUAUGUCCAUACACACAUUAAAUUAACAUAGAGGAGAGACACUGCCUUUUUGCCUGCCUUGUCAUAUUGCGGCUCACAUGUUAAUUGCCAACUAUUGUGACCCAGGAAUCCCAAAUAGAAUUGAGCUCCAGUUAAACUUCCACUGUUGCUUGAUGUAAAUUGUACAGCCCUAGGUGGUAAAAAAAAUGUUGGCAGUUACAGCAAUACAAUAUAGCUUAGUUCUUUACUGGGCAGUUAGAGAAAAAAAUGGGAAGCCAACUGUUAACUCUAUAUAGGGUGUAUUUUCUCUGUGUGCCAGACCAUUUAUUAUAUCAUUAUUGCAAAUGUAUACAUUGUGCUCUCUGAAUUCAGAUGGGAAGAAAUGAUUUUAAAUUUAACACUUGUCUUUUUGUUGCUUUGGGGGGGUUCUUAUAUAUUUUUUUUAAAUAAAGAUGUAUAUUUUAUCUGUCAUACAAACACAACAAUAGUUAUUAGUUUUGUACUGUUAAAUGUGAUAUUUUUUAUAAAAUGUAAUAAAGUUUUUAAGAAGAACAAAAA